CGACCAGAAUGUCCCUUCUCUAGGUGUUCGCUCGCCUCUCGUGGGGCGCGGGGCUUCGCGUCCCCGUGGCGGCGGGCCCAGGUAGGGCGAGGGCGGGCCCUGGGCGUGCGGCUGCGGCGGCGGGGCCAGAGCAGAGGGCCUGCACGGCGAGCCUCUGCGGCCUGGACAGGUGAACUCGGCCCAGGAGGGGGCGUUGCCGGGGAAGGGCCCCCUGCAGAGGCCGGCGCGGAACCCGGCCUUAGCCUGCCUACAGCCAGGCUUCUGGACAGAUGAACCCGGGAGAGUUUGCAAAAAACAAAACAAAAACAACAACUGUGUUUGGUUUCAGGGCUUCUGAGCUCCGGGGCGGUUAUCGGCUGUUAGCGUUUGCUGGUUUAGCCCCCACCCCCUUCCUUGAAAUUUUAAGUUUAUUCAUUUCUGUGGGUCUGGCUUGUUUGGCAGGUUUUCCUAGAGUGAAUGACAGACUGCGGGAACUGUUUUCUUUCUUGUUUAGAGGAAUUUUGUCCACUUGCUUUGUUAUUUCCCUUUUCUCUGAAUUUUAAUUUCGUUCCUAGCCGGCGAUGCUAGCUAACGCUUCCUUUUAUACUUAAGCAACGUUGCUAAUCCUAUCUGAUUGAGAAACUUCCAGGAGGAAGACAGAAGACCUAUCUGGUUGACUAUUUCCAAAAAAGGCAUCAAUUCUUCCAGUACUGUUUUUCCACCUGGAGCAAUAUCCAAGUGCAGACUUGUGGAAUAUUUAUGUCUUGUUUCAUGAACUAAACAUUUCUGAGACCCCAUGGGAUUGUCCUCUUUACUCUGUUAAUGCACAGUGGAGCAGGCGUUUUAAUCCCCUGGCUUCAUUUGCCUACUGGGUGGCUGUGCUCAGGACUCUCCCACUCCUCGCUUGGGAAUGCCCAGAGUGCACCAGGUCCCCCUUGCUGGUCAGCUUCUGGUUGGCUCCAACCUGGUCUGACCUCUGGAGGGUGGGCGCACAGGCGGGAAGAGAAACCUCACAGCUGCCUUCCUCAUUGCAGGUGCCUUCUCCGAGAGGAGCGGCAGGGAGGGGACAUGGCCAGGAGGUUGCUGUCUGCCCAGGUGCAGGUGAGUGAAGCUUUCUGCUUUCUUGAACUGCCUUCAGGGCUCACAGAAAAUCAGCUUGUUGAGCUGCUCUGGCCGUGAAGUCCCAGGAGGAAGCAGAGAGCCUAGGAGGGGUCUGUGACAUUCAGGGAUGUGGCCGUGUUCUUCAGCCAGGAUGAGUGGUUGCACCUGGACUCUGCCCAGAGACGCUUGUACCGGGAGGUGAUGCUGGAGAACUACAGCAACCUGCUUUCACUCGGGAUCCUCUUUUCCAAGCCAAAGGUCAUCUCCCAAUUAGAGCAAGCAGACCACUGGCUGGUGAAAAAGGAAGUGCCUCGAGGCACCCGUCUAGGAUGGGAAAGUUUGUUUGCAACCACAGUUCCUGAGGAAAAAAAUCAGGAAGUCAUGAAAAAACUCACAAACGGUCCUUUUGACUUCAUGUUGAGAAACUCCUAUAUAAAUGACAACAGGUUUGAGAAGCAACAAGGCAAAAAGAACACACUUUUCAGGAAAGCAUUGGUUACCGUCAAAAAAACCUACCUGAGGGAAAGGAACUUUAAAGGCACUGAGCUUGGGAAAAAUCUUGAUCUGAAAUCAUCACUUACUAGGAAGCCCGGAAUUGUUUCCAGGGGAAGGAAAGCCCGUUCCCAGCAGUACUCGAUCCUGUUUAAACAACUAGGAGUUAACACAGUGCGUAAAUGCUACAAGUGUAACAUCUGUGGGAAGAUCUUCCUCCACAGUUCUUCCCUGAGUAAGCACCAGAGAAUCCAUACUGGAGAGAAGCUCUAUAAGUGUAAAGAAUGCAGGAAAGCCUUUAGCCAAAGCUCGUCCCUCACCCAGCACCUCCGAGUGCACACUGGGGAGAAGCCCUACAUCUGCCGCGAGUGCGGGAAAGCCUUCAGCUUCACCACUUCUCUCAUUGGACACCAGAGGAUGCAUACCGGAGAGAGGCCCUACAAGUGUGAGGAGUGCGGGAAGACAUUCAAGGGCAGUUCAUCCCUCAAUAACCACCAGCGAAUCCACACUGGAGAAAAGCCCUACAAGUGUAACGAGUGCGGGAGAGCCUUCAGCCAGUGCUCGUCUCUCAUCCAGCAUCACAGAAUUCACACUGGAGAGAAACCGUAUGAGUGCGGGCAGUGCGGGAAAGCCUUUACUUCCAUAUCCCGGCUCAGCAGACACCACCGCAUUCACACGGGGGAGAAGCCCUUUCACUGUAAUGAGUGUGACAAAGUGUUCAGUUAUCACUCGGCCCUUAUUAUACACCAGAGGACUCACACUGGAGAGAAACCGUACGCCUGCAAAGAAUGUGGCAAAGCCUUCAGCCAAAGCUCAGCACUUAUCCAGCAUCAAAGGAUUCACACUGGAGAAAAACCCUACAAGUGCAACGAGUGUGGGAAAGCCUUCUCGUGGAUUUCACGGCUUAAUAUCCAUCACAGAAUUCACACUGGAGAGAAACCAUAUAGUUGCAAAGAAUGUGGGAAAGCUUUCAGUUCCCACUCAGCAGUUAACACUCAUCGGAAAAUUCAUACCGGAGAGAAACCUUACAAAUGUAAUGACUGUGAAAAAGCCUUCAACCAAAGCUCGGCUCUAAUUCAGCACCAGAGAAUCCACACGGGAGAGAAACCCUUUCACUGUGAAGUGUGCGGGAAGGCCUUCAGACAGAGUUCCUCCCUUAUGACACACCUGAGAAUUCACACAGGAGAAAAGCCUUACAAGUGCAAAGAAUGUGGCAAAGCGUUUAGCCAGAGCUCGUCUCUCACCAAUCACCAGAGGACCCACACUCGAGAAGAGCUGUGAGCAAAACGCACGUGGACUCUUCCAACCGAACCGCAUUCCACACCGGAUAUCCAGGACACCCUGGGAAGAAGUGGUGCAGACUAGUUGACUGGGGGUAAAACUUCAGGAGUGAGGCCUCUCAGACAUCAGAGAUUCCGUGAGGAAUGUUAGAAAAGCUUCUGGACAGUGCUCAGUUGGGUGUGCUUACAAUGUCGCUGACUACAAAAUCGAGAAUAUGGAAGACUGAAGGGUUAGUAUUUCUUUUUUAGAGAUGUAUGGUAAUAGCCCCCAACAUUCACAAGCAUUGCUAGAAAGCUGCUGAUGUGUGUAAAAGUCCAGGCUGCAGAUAAAUGCAGCAAUCGAUUUUUAAAACUGCAUUUGAGUAUUAUGCAAGCCAAUUGUACUAGAAAGAAUGCUUUUGGAAAAGAAUUGUACACAGAUGACCCGUAGCUACCUCACUGUCACUACAAAAAGACAAUAUUUUUUAUUGAUCUGAAAGCAGAUUCUGUACUUGGUCUUUGUUAAAAUGUUAGCAUUGCUUCUCUGCUUUCUAAGCCUAUUCACUAUAGAAGAGAAUCACUCUGUUGCUAUGCAGGGGUUCUGUUUUUCGAUUUUUCUUCUUGACUACUUGUUCCAAAGUCUAAAGUCAUUUUAUUUUUAAGUCACAAAGUGCAUGGCAUUUUUUUCACUUGUCUUUCUGAGGAAAGGAUUGCCUUUGCUGCAUUAAACUGAGAAGUAAAGAUUAUUCUGACAGUUA